GGCAAACCAAUGAUAGGCCAUGUUGACUUGCACUUCUUCCGGGUUUGUCACUGUAAAAAUGAAGUCAUAAUAGUGAUCAUAUGCCUUUCAACCAAUCAGCGAAAGACUUUGAACGUAAAGGCCGGACAAGGGGAUUGACUGUCAGUAUUAUAGACCAAUGAAAACAUGUAUAUACAGAGUGCGUCCAGCAGCACCAAUCAGCUACUAGAAACGGAAUCUGGGUGCGGUCGCCAUUGUCAUUGUAGUCAGCCCGAUAGGAAUUGCGACUUGUUGAGAGAGGAGAACUUGAGGGUGGUCAGAAUGGUUUGUGGUGGCUUUACCUGCUCGAAGAACGCUCUCAUCGCUUUAAACGUGGUGUAUAUAUUAGUCGGGCUGCUGCUUAUUGGAGUGGCAGGAUGGGGGAAAAGCUAUGGCAUAGUUUCCAGUAUAAAUGUCAUUGGUGGAGUCAUUGCUGUGGGAGUGUUCCUUCUUCUCAUUGCUGUUGUGGGUCUUGCUGGAGCACUGAAUCACCAUCAGGUCAUGCUGUUCUUUUACAUGGUUAUUUUAUUCCUCGUCUUUGUGAUUCAGUUUGGAGUUUCUUGUUCAUGUCUGGCACUGAACAGAGGUCAACAGGAACAUUUGCUAAGACUGACUUGGGACAGAAUGUCAAAUACAACCAGGAAAGAUCUUGAAAACCAACUCAACUGCUGUGGAUUUAUGAAUGAUACAGAAAGUGCCACAUAUGAGAUGGAUUGUUUGAUAUGUGAAGCAUCCUGCAAAUCCACUGCACAUUGUGAAACUUGUGGUGAUGUCAUGCUGACACAUGCUGGUGAGGCUUUGAGGAUCCUAGGAGGUGUGGGCCUUUUCUUCAGCUUUACUGAGAUUCUUGGAGUUUGGCUUGCAAUGCGUUUUAGGAACCAGAAAGAUCCCCGAGCAAAUCCUCGUGCCUUUUUGUAGGAUCCUUCUCUAUUCUUGUGACAGUUGUAUCUUGUAGCUGCUGAAAGUUAUCUUUCCCAGGGAUUAUUUUCAUCAAAACCCUUUGAUUCUUUAAAACAGAAGAGCCUUCAUAAUGCAUGAUUGGAUGGAACAUGAUCACACUGCAUGGAUUAUCUCGGUGCCAUGGACUAGACUUGGUGAAAUUUGAGCUCUGUUACCCAAACCCACCAUCCCUGAUGUGAAGUUCUUGCAAUAUAUACCAUGGUACAAGACUAUGACUUGAAAAAAAGUGCACAGUGUUGGAAAUUUUUGAAAUUGAUAUGGAGCUUCUGUUUCUUUAUAAUGCAGCUAUAAAUACAGACUUGGCAUAAUUACAGCUACCAUUGAUGCUUGGCCAGUUCUUUAACAGAGGGCAAUGGAGUUGAGAGGAGGCAAGAAUUCAGUCUAUCCUCUCAUAACCAUUUUGAUUCAAAGCCUUUUUUAAAAUAGUACAGCAUGUUUAUGAGCAACACAUCAGUUUAAGCUUAACAGUAACUUUUAAUUUGCCAGCAAAACCAGCCAUACUGAUUUCAAAUUCCUUCUGUGGGGUCAGGUUUAGCUUUGGGCUUUAUCAGGCUAUGCCAGUGAAGCCACACCAGAGUCAUAGUAUAGCACAAACAGGCCCUUUUGGCUUUAGUCCAUGCCAAAACUAUUUAAACUGCCUACUCCCAAUGACCUGUGCCUGGACUAUAUCCCUACCAUGUAUUUAUCCAAACUGCUCUUAAAUGUUGAAAUCGAGCUCAGAUGGACCACUUGUGCUGGCAGCUCACUCCACACUGGUUGUAGUCCCACCCAACUUCAGUGGAAGAAGCCUGCUUGUAUUUAGCCUGUCUAUAAUCUAGAUCUAUUCUGUUGCUCAAAGUGAAAGCUGACUCAGUAGCUUGUUGCAUCCUCUAUGAUGCCUGACCCAAGAGGUAUGACAAAUUCUCAUUACUGAUUUGUGAUCCCUCAGACCGGCAGCUGUAACUCAGUGGUGAAUGGAAAUUGAGUAAAUGUGAAUAACCAACUUCAAGACUUUUAUUUUCCAAAUCCUGGUUGUCAUAAUGUCAAUGUUUAAUGUAUACCAAUACUACUGAAAUUGUUUUCUCACUUUGUAAUUGAGGGAGCAUUCGAAACGUGUUUGGAGCCACAGUUAAUUUGUUGGGGUAUCUUGCAUACAAAGUUGAGGGCUGUUAGCAGUAUUCUCCACAAAUCUCAAACACCAUGUCUUACUCCACAACACCAUUAAGUAAUCUUUCUAGAAGACUGUCAGCUAUUUAGUGUAUAGUAACAUUUUGUACUGUAUCUUUAAUACAGAAGACUUGUCAGGUUGAAUACCACAAGUAUGUCUUUUGAGCUAAGAACAAAGUGAAAUGUCAGUAUUUUAGGGGCUGAAUUUGUAAGUUAAUCUAAUAAAUGCAAUCAAUUAGUUUUGUCAAAUCUUGAUGUGUAUGGCUUUAACUCACUGUGUCACUGCUUUGUUUAAGUGUAGUAUACAGACUUAAAUAGAGGAGAGCAAGACCAGUGUGAUUUCCUAACAAGUGUAAUUCUACUUUUUUUUAAACCAAGGCUUUUCCACUAGGCUUUUGGACCAGAAUGUAAGGUUUGUUGGGAAUAAUUUCAGACAUUGCAUUCUGAUGGCUUGCUGGCCUCUUCAGGUUAUCAGUGAAGUGAGAAAGCAGCCCAAGAAUUAACGUACAAUACCUAUUAAAGGAAUUUAACAGCAUAAUCUAUAGUAAUGUGCCAACAUUGUCAAUGCAUACUGACCUAAAUUGUUAAUUAUUAUGUCUGAACAACUUAUAGCACACAAGUAGUGUAAACAACUGUAUUGAGAGCCAGAUUCAGGCAAGGAUUUUGUAUGUUAAUUAGGUGUAUGCUUGCCAAUUGUACAUUUCCACAUGUUGAUUUUUAAAAACCUUUCAGUUUCUUACUAAGAUCCUUUUUGUCAAUUAAGAAAAACAUUAAGAUGGAAAUGAAAAGGAAUGAAUCAAUUAAUUAAAUUAAGCAUAAUCCUAAUGGAGUAAAAUAACUUGAGGUCUCUAACCUCCCUCCCCCAUUAUACAGUUAGGCUGAGAAAUUGACUUUGCACUGGCUUAGAAGGUCCUGUUGUGCAAAAAUUACAUGUAGCAGCUCUUUACCACUCAGCUCAUUUGGGAAUGGGUAAUAAAUCAAUUAACUUUUUCCCCCUCCUGAGGUUGUGCAUGAAAUUCCUACAGUGCUCACCACUAUUGAUUUUCCUAGAAAUUGUAUUGAUUUAAUACCAUUACAUGGGUUAAAUUAAGUUUGAACAAUCUUCAGAGAAUAUUCCCUGAUGGCUUGAUCCUCAAUGUGAAAAAUGUUCAUUAAGUAUUUCAUGUAAUCAAGAUAUUUUUGUAGAGUAAUGUGGUAGAUUAUUUAGGUGGCUGUCCCAUUUUCCCCCUCAACCUCCACCCCCAAUAAAACACACACUUUCACAAGGGGCAAAGAUCCUGAAGAGAAUCCAGCAUGCACAAAGGCAGGGGUUGCAAUAUUUGAGAUGGCAAAAUUUAAUUGUUAUUAGUGAAUUUUGAGAACUGUGGCCUUUAUUCUGAGAUUGGGGGGGGGGGGGGGGGGAGAAAGAAUCCAAGAUGUCAAUGAAAUCAGUUAAUGUUUAUCCCAAUGUGAAGAUGGGAAAGAUCCUUGUGGCAGCUUGCCAUUUAUGGGUGCCAUUCUCAAGCAAGUGUAUGAUAAACAUUCUAUGUAUUGAGUAAAGUGACCCAAGGCUUUUCUGACGCAAUGACAGGAAUUAGGCACAGGCUUUUGUUCUACACAGUUUGAAACUUAAUUUACACUCUGCAUAGUGGUUAUGAAAAUGUUUGCAGUAACAUGCUGGAGUUUGCACUUAAUGGCUGCAGACUUGACCAACAGAACAGCAUUUGUGUACCUGCUCCAAGUGUUGAGGCCUUUUAAUGGCACUGGUUAAACUAGUGAGCAUUAUGGAGGUUGUUUCAUGUUGUGGAUGUUAAAGAAUUAAGAUAUUUUUGGUUGGGAAAAAGAUUCUGGAGUAAUGUUUAGUAAUGUUUGGUGAUGCUUGGCUUGUGCUGUAGGUUCAGGUUUGUUUCCCCUACUUGAUCAAACCCAAGAAUUACUACUAAACAAGUAGCAAGUUGGCCACAGCUUUCCACAGCCCAGGGCAUCGAUGUUUUCCUGUGCAAGGGAAUGAAAUAACACUUGAUGUAGGAGAUGCUAAACCAUUCAUUUGUUGCUAAAUUAGGCCUAUUGAAGAUUUCUAGCAUUGUCUGAAUCUGAGUGUCCAUGACCAUUGCUUGCUCCAUAAAGGUUGGCUGGAUAUUGUGUGAACAUGAUUUGGAUUUCAAAAAUGCAGAAAAUAACAAUUUACUGCAAAAUAAGUAAAGACACCUUUUCCUGUAAUAAAUGCUUUACUAAUUCAAACAUUUGUCAGUACUUUGUAGAAUUAGUCAGUGAAAACCCUUUGGGGGGGCAGGGUGGGUGACAAAUGAGUGUUAUUUUGGGGGUGGGGGGGGAGGAGAGAGAAAGAGGAAAGAUCCAUUGUUUGCAGUACAGAUCCAGAUUUCUACCAUUCCGUGGUUUAAUUCAGCAGAAGGGUAUGAUCAUAGUUUUAUGUAAUAGGUUUGAUUUAAAUAAAACUAUUUCCAUUGGGAUUUAGGGGACAUCUUAAGCCAUGCUCUCAGCAAUCCUGUUUUUUUCCCCUCUCAUUCCCAUGACCUUCAGUAUGCAAUAACCACUUAAUGUACCACCCAGCACAAACACGUAGUACAAAAGGACUCCUGGGCCACUCAUGACCCAAACUCAAGAACAAAAUCAGGAAACUCUGCGCACACAGUGAUAGAAAUCUGGAACCUGUUUUUGUAAACCUCAAGUCAUCCCAAUGAAAUUAAGGAUUUGUUAACCAAAAGGCUAUUGGAAACACGUAUACAGAAUUGGAUCACAUGAAUGACAAACUUAAGGCUACCAGAAAUGCUGUUUCAACCUGUACAGGUCAAUCCCCUGUACUAUGGAUACAAUGGAUUACAGAAACAUUGAGCUCCAACCAUACCACUGAAUUUUGAAAGAACAGGAUCCUACACAGCUUACAACUCUUGUCAAAGUCCAUAUCUACUGUGGGUACCUGGAAUGUGAACCAUGCAAGAACAACAAAGAUGACACUACAAAAACUAGGCUUUCAUCAACCAGUGUCUGGGAAGGAUCCAAAGUAACCAACCAGGAAUACAUAAGUACAGAAAUGAAGUUAACCAAUAUCAUGUCCAGGCAGCCUUUAAUAUUGAAUCCCCAAGGGGGGAGGGAGAAGAGAAGAAGAGAGACAUCCAAAGAACACAUGGAGAAUACCUGAGGCUGAAAUUAGAAAACUCCUGAUUCAACCUCCAAGUUGACUCUAAAUAGGAUGGAGACAGGAUGGCCUAUGCUCCACUGGGAGCUAAGGGCCCAAGAAGAAGACAACAUACAAUGAAUACUGACUAAAGGUUUAAAAUACUUGUGGCUUUCUAUUAUGCAUGGCUGUCAUGAUACCAAUCCACUUCCAAGUCAUGAAGUGUAUCAUCAUUCUGCCACUCCUGAAGGUGAGGAUACAAGGAUCCACUGACAAUAGGUAUACCUCAGUGGCCCAUCUGUGAGCUAUUGCUAGCCUCAAUCAAAGAGGAAUAACUAAAUUUCAAACCACAAAGCAUUCACCAGAGGGGUGGUGAUGUGCAACUUCCUCCCUCCACAUAGCUACUAAAAGCAAGUCCCUCUUUUCGAGUUUGGCAGAUAGAAACAAAACACUACAGCAUCAGCUCUAAACAUUGUUUCUCUCACCACAGAUAUUGGCUGGCCUACUGAGAAUUUGCAGUAUUGCUCCUAUUGUGCUAUUUAAUCCUAAAUAUCCAAUUAUAAUUUAUCCCUUACAGUCACUAACUUGAUUAACUGGUCAUUACAACACUGACCAUACAACAAUACCCACUGGACAAGACACUUUGGAAUGUACACAGUUUGUAAGAAUCACAAUAAAUGGAAUCAAGGUACAGAUCAAUUCUGAUCUAAUUGUAAAACACGACAAGCUUGAGGGGCUGAACAGCAGCUUCCUCUUGUAACAGGAUAACUGACCUUUGGAGAGGGGUGUCACAGCCCAAAUGGCUGAUUUCCCUCUGCCAGAUCCAAAUUGCACCAGACUAACACAAGGUGAGGCACUUGGUAGUGAAGUUUAACAGCAUUCACAAGUUUAAUCCAGGGAAGUCCAAAGACCAUCAGCUAUAUUGACCCAUCCUAGAACUGGUGGAAAGGUGGAAUUUUGAGGAUUUCUUUGUCAGAGACAAAAGACAAUUAGAGGCCAUUU